UAGUAAUUUUCCUGAAAGUAUUGAACAAGCUCAAGAUAUUUUUAAUCUAGAACAAUUAGUAUUAAAUAAAGAAAAUAAUACAAAACUUAUCAAAGAUGAUAUCCAUCCAACAAUUAUUAUUGAUGUGAUUAUGGCUGGGAAGAAUGUAACAAAUAAUUUCACACAUAACUUAGUACAGGAACCAAAAAAAUUAGAUUUAAAUACAAAAUUAUUAUUUGACGACAAAUUAAAUAGAUUACAUGAAUGGUUUAAUAUAGAUUCUAAGUAUUCUGAAAAUGAAAUAGCAAAAUAUGUUUUAGAAAAUGAUAACAUAGAAAUAAGAAGGAAUCGCAAAACAGUUGAUUACUUAGAAGUUUUAUUUAAUCCAAAAAUGUUUAAAGAGUACAUACUAAUCACUCAAAAUAAUUUCAUAUUGUUUGAUCAAAAAGAAUUUGACAAAUUGUUUGAUUCAAUUUUAUUUAGUAUACCAAUACAAAUAAAAGAUAAGAAAUCUGAAAACGAGGUCAAUUUAAUAAAAUCUAAGAUCAAUAAAAUUAAUGGUACAUUUAAUACUCUUCAAACAAUGAUUUCAAAUAUAAUUAUAGAAAACGAAGAAGUUAACGAAAAAAGUAAUCAAUUAUUGAAAGAAACAAUAAAAAAGAAGCAUUUACUUGAAAACAUGAAAGUAGUUAAUUUUCUUAUUGAAUGUAUAAAUCCUAUAUUAGUAAACGGUAUACUGGAAAUUAUGAAAAAAAUGCCUAGUGAUCCAACUGAUUUUUUGGUAGAAUAUAUUUACAACCAUAAUAUGUACAAUCCAUGUGUUUCUUCACCAUUGAAUAAAAAAUCAAAAGUAGCUAACAGCCUCAACAAGCACCUGUUAUGA